UCGGGGCAUUUCAGCAGCAGGAUCUCUCUCUCACACACCUCCUCCCCAGAGCCGGGGACAGAUCGAUGCUGAGACAUUUCAGAUGGCUGAAUGUGAAUGCAAACGGGGAAUAAAAAAAUGUCCAGCAUAAUAAGAGGAUCUGCAGACGCUCCUUUUUUAUUCUAAUGAAUGAAAGCGACCUCGCCGCGGCGGAUGCGAGCGUGUAAGUGAUGCUGCGUCCACAACUGUGACUUGAGAGGCAGGAAAACGCAUCCCUUUGGAGCCAGCACCGGAGGCAGUGGCGUCAAUUCAGUCGAAGCUAAGCCAAAGUGUGGCGGCUGCCAUACCUUGCCAUACCCACUUGACGGCCCUGACCGGAGGAUAUGGUCCCCGGGGCCCCCACCACCACGACCACCACCACCAUGCUGCCAGCCUCCGAGGCGGCCAAGAUCUACCAGACCAACUACGUGCGCAACUCCCGCGCCAUCGGCGUCCUGUGGGCGAUCUUCACCAUCCUCUUCGCCAUCGUCAACGUGGUGUGCUUCAUCCAGCCCUAUUGGAUCGGGGACGGCGUGGACAGCCCGCAGGCGGGCUACUUCGGGCUCUUCCACUACUGCAUCGGCAACGGGCUGUCCCGGGACCUGACCUGCAAGGGCAGCUUCACCGAGUUCAGCAGCAUCCCCUCCGGAGCCUUCAAGGCUGCGUCCUUCUUCAUCGGCAUGUCCAUGCUGCUGGUGCUCACCUGCAUCGGAUGCUUCGCGCUCUUCUUCUUCUGCAGCACCGGCACCGUGUACAAGAUCUGCGGAUGGAUGCAGCUGGCUGCAGAGUUGUAG